UACUUAUUAUUAUUAUUAUUGUUGUUGUUGUUGUUGUUGUUGUUAAAGAGACCUCACUGUGCCCUUUUGCGUUAGAACUGUACACUAGAUCCACAUGAAUGGGUCAGCGUGCCAUUAAGUUACAAAAAGAUCACUUGUGUUACUGGGAUAAUCCAUGUAGUAAUGCUUAUUUUAAGCAAGUAAAAAUUUAAUAAAAUGUUCAGGUUUAUUAUUUUGUGCCAAUACUGUGUUGGCUCGCUCUGUAUUAUCAAGUUGAGACAGACCCAAAAAAAACAAAAAAACAUGGUAGUUUAUUUUCAUCGAGAUGUGCCACCAGGAGGGAUUUUCCCAAUGGAAGAAGGCAAUAUUCGCUUGGCAGCUUCAUUAAUCAGAGGUGAUGUGACCUGGCCUGUGUGUUAUUUCCAAUUGUGGGUUUUUUGAAUUGUUGCUGCAAUCAAGUAAAUGUAUUAAACGUGUAUGUUUUGAUAAAUUGGCUUAGUCUGCAGUGCUUAGAGACAUAAUCACGUCACUAGUCUUUUUUGUUGCAAGAAUUACAAAGGCCAGUAUCACCAAAGCAAUAAUAAUUACAUCAAUACCUAUUAAACGUUAUGGGUCAUGUUCCCUGGUUUGUGGUCAUAAACGUGAGAAUUUAAAUGUAACGCUACAUUGAUUGGCUGAGUCUGUAAUUGACUGAGGACGGUACUGUGACCCUGGAUUGAGCCAGAGCUCGGCAACCUUUCUCUGAAUUCUACAGUUCUAAUGAAACACUUAGUGAGGAGGUGUAUGACAGAACAUUGAAAAUUAAUCUAAUCUCUCUGCUUUGGAAAUACACAAGCAUGAAGUUAGGGUCAUUUAAAGAGAUUUAAGAUGAGAGCUGCGAGGGAAGAUCUGUGUAACACUAAGACAUACAAGGCAAACAGAUCUUUCCAUGACAGAAACAUGUUUUGAAUGAAGGCCAAGCUCAAGAUAUGCAGGGAUAUUAAAUAUUGUGUGGACGUGUAUUCUGCAUAUUUGUUAAAUUAUUUUUCGUUUACAAUCCCCAUUCAAAGUGAAAACGUCAUAUUUUAAGAAAACUUUUAUGAUUAAACGACUCAUUACAUUAAUUGCAUUUUUCUAGAUUUAGCAGAGUCUUCUGAUUCAGGGGAAACAACUUACAUUAUCGUAAAAGCCCAUAAAUUAAUCAAACACGAAAGAAACGUCAAUAUUCUUUAAAACUUGAAUUUAAAUGCUACUGGUAAAUAUAAAUAUUUUUAAAAAAUUUUCGAUGCGCAUCUACUGUUCUCAGACGGAAACUGUAUUAGUCUUAUAGAGUUCAAUGUUUUGCGUAAUUUGUUAAGAUAUAUAUUUGACUUUAUGUUUUUGUGUGUGCGUGUUAUAUUACAGAAACCGCCACUGCUUUCGGUGGCCGUGUAGGCCUAAAGUGUUUUCUUUUCGAUGAUGUCUUUUCUUGUAGCUUCUGGUCUUGUUUAAAUCAGAAGAGCCUGCUAGGGCAAAUAUUUGGCUCUGAAGAGCACUUGGGGAUUGGGAAGAGUGUCCACUCUGCAAAGUCCUCACUCAUCUGUAGGUGUGUAAUAGAUUAAGAGCAUAAAAGGGGGGCGUUAGAAACAAACUUUUACGUGCACAAAAGCUUUACUUUUGCAGCUUGAGAGUUUGCACUUGUGCAAAGAGCUUGGCAAACUUUCUGACACGCGUUGCAUAAGUCCACUGUAAUCCAUUAAUCAGCAUGCUCAGAAGUGCAGGCAAACAGUAUGAAUAGAUAUACGCUAAUCCUUAAAAAAACAAACAAAAAAACAUGUAGGCCAUGUUCGCGAUCAAAAUAUUUAUUGACUGAAGAACAUCAUUUUUUUAUUCACACUUAGUUCUUUAUUUAUUUCACGACCCCUGAUCUACAAUGUUAAAGACCAUUUUAAAGACCACGAGAUGAAUCACGGAGCCACGAUAUUCAUUUGUUUCUCAUUAAGUGUAAGUGCUAUAACAACACAACACUCUCCUGUUGAAUUAGCUUUUACACGCAUAAUUAGUAAUUUCAUGUAGACUUGGAAGCCGGUGGAGAUGCAGAGCAGUAGAUAGCGAAGAUAGCGGCCUAGAUCCUAUUCAAAACCAUGACAACACGGAACAACCCCGGAUUUAUUCCAGAGAGCUAAAGGACAUUGUGCAGGGGCGUCAAUCAAGCAUUAUUCGAGCACUGAACAAAUGCAAAAUCUUGACUGGAACAAAUGCUUCCAACGGGUCUCGGACGCGGGGCUACAUUUCCCUCUUUUGUUCCUAGUCGCUGGUUGGCAUGUAUUUGUGUUCCCUUUUUUCCCUCCGUCCGACCACCCAGGACGACCAGAAGAGGAGGGAUAUACGCGCUCGUACUGGGAGGAAAGUGUACAUAGGCUGUCGGCCAGGUGCGCUAUGAAACUAUGUCCAAAACGACGAGCUAAAUAGUAUCGUGUUAUGCUAUUUUAAUUUCAGUAUACUUUUCUUAAUUGUUUAGUAUACUGCUUAUGGUAACACUUCAACUUGUACAGCCGUCGCGCUGUCUCUGUAUAAAAUUCAAGUUAUGUGUGUGUGUGUGUGUGUGUAAAACUCAGCCAUAACUUGAAUUUUAUACAGAGACAGCACGACGGCUGUACAAGUUGAAUAUAUAUAUAAAGAUAAACUUCGCUUUCUUUUUUUUCUUUUAUCUAAUUCCGCCCAUAAAAAAACAAAAUUCCAUAAAUUAAAACAAAAUAAAAACAUAAAUGUUUAAAAUGUUUAAACAAUACAAAAUUAGCAAUGCUGAAACCAAGUUAAAAUAUAAAUCACAUGAGGGUCACAAAACACAGGGUAUGAGACAUAAAAUAUAAUAAGCCUGUUGGGACUGUAUUGGCUUUUGGUGGGACUUGGCAUUGAUCAUACAUGAUAAACAAUGAACUUUGUUAUAUGCCAUGUUUUAUUGAUUGGAAAUAAGCAGACAACUUUUAAAACAGCUGUUUCAAACAAGCUUGUACUCCUCUGGUGGCGUCAUAUUUUGGCAUAUACUUUAGUACAAUAAGCGGAUUAGGACGCAGCCCAUCGCCUAAAUAUCGCUUGGAAAACAGUCCACUGACUGCCUCAUGCACUUCACUGCUGAAGGAAGGGACUCGACUCGGCAUCGGCCUAUGUUUAGUAUCUUUUUGAUCUAUAACCCACCCCACAAAUGAAUGUAAUAUUUAAUGAAACGAAAACUUGCUAACCUUUCCUAGUAGCUGAAAAGCUUUCUCUGGAUUUAGGAUUUAAAAUCCCUUAUACAGUAUUAAAUGUAAUAAGCCGUUAGAUAAACUGUCAUAACAUUAAAAAAAAAAUACUUUACAGACCAUGGAACAUUUAAAAAAAAUCAAUACUCUCUGUAACAGGUGGAAUAUGAACAUCCCUUUACAUCCCAGACAACUCAGAGUCAAUUCUCGUAGUAAGUGCUCAAUGCGGUUUUACACUUCUUAUGCUUUAUGCCCAUCUUCUCUUAAUUAAACCCCUGCUUACAUUUCUUUUAUUAAAAAAUGUACAAUCUGACAUUAAAAUCCGAAAAUUAUUUAAAUGCAAGCUGACGUUUACAUCUAUAUGUUGUUUAUGUAACAUUCAAAAUACUGACAAAACGAAUAAAGGCAGAAAACAAUACAGGACGCUAGUGGAUCACUUUGUAUGCAAAUAUCUGAUAUGUUAUUUGGGCGGGAGAGGGAGGGGAUGCUCUCUUGUUGUCACUUGCCACCCAAGACGUGAUUCAGCCUCAACAAUUACCAUUAUCUGUGUUCUACUUUUCACGACUUGGGCGAAUCGGUAAUGAUGAAGAGGGUUUCCUUCAGUCAUUGUGAAAGUAGCGGCCUAUUCUUAGCUUGGUUCACACCUACCGUCGCUGGGACUUAAGCACUCGAGUCAUUCAGGUGCUUUGUGGCCGAAUAGGGAGGCGGCUACUGUUUAGCUGCACUAAGUGCUGUUUAUAUAAACAGCGCCAGGCCAGUGUACACAUCAUCACUAGGACUCGGAUGAAGUACCAUUCUACGGAUCGUCCUUGGAUAAACCUGUUUAAGACAAACAAAUUUAGCUCUGUUAUAUAAUGGCCGUUCCUGCCAGGCUCAGCUUUACCGUGAGGAGUAUACUGGAUUUACCAGAAAAUGACAGCGAGAGCGCAGCGCAUCUUCUGCCACUCCACUCGCUCUCUGGCUCUCCUUUCUCAUCUUGGGCAGACAGCGACAGAGGCCACUGCAUGUCCUCAGAUGAGAGCAAUCCGGAGGCGUCCCCUGACUCCACCGGGUCUAAUGAUCCCCCCGCGGAAGUAGAUCAGGAGAAGAAAAAGAAACGGCGUGUGUUGUUCUCCAAGGCCCAGACCUACGAGCUGGAAAGGCGUUUCCGGCAGCAGCGUUACCUGUCUGCUCAGGAGCGCGAGCAGCUCGCGCAUCUCCUCCGCCUCACGCCCACACAGGUCAAGAUCUGGUUUCAGAACCAUAGGUAUAAGAUGAAGCGAGCUCGGGUCGAGUGUGUACAGGAUUUCGGUCCUCCUCCAGUGCUGCGCAGGGUCGUAGUACCAAUUCUGGUGCGGGACGGUAAACCAUAUCAGAGCUGCAUUGGCGAUACAGAAAAGAGAGGUUGCGUGAUUUCGCCAACGUCCUGCGGUUCUCGAGGGUUCCAGCCCUUCCAGCCAUCAACUUUUGCGCUUCUACCGCAGUACCAGCACUUUACAAACCCAAUAGCCUCCACACACCAUUUCAUUUGGUGAGACCAUCCACAGUGGACAAUGGAUGACGCAUGGAUGAACAUACAUGCUUUUAUUUACACGUGUAGUGUACUGAGUAACUGAGUAAUUGCAAUUUGCACAUAUUUUAUUUUAUUGUUAUUCUUAGAAAUAGUUGUGUUUACUGAUCUGACAUGAUUUGUGACUUCUUUGAAACGAUUAUGACACACAACUACAGUAUAGCAAAAAGGGCUAAUUUA